UGGUCGUCAGAGCCGAAAAGACUGCAGUUGAAGCCAACGUUUAACAAUGGAGUUUUGCAUUUUAGCGCUGUUUACACUUUUCUCCUCGUUUUACAACGUUUUGGCGCUGUCAUCUAAAGGAGCGUGUCUCCUUCAAGUGGACCAGGGACCUUGCAGAGCAGGAAUCAAGCGCUACUACUACAAUACUAUCACCCAAAAGUGCGAGCUUUUCAUGUAUGGAGGCUGCCAAGGGAAUGCCAAUAACUUCAAGUGUUAUGAGGAGUGCCAGAAGUCAUGUUUCAGAAUCCCAAAGGUUCCCCAAAUCUGCAGGUUUCCUAAAAAGGUGGGUCUCUGCCGCGCCCUCUUUCGAAACUACUUUUUCAACAUGGCCACCAUGCAGUGUGAGCCCUUCCACUACGGCGGCUGCCAGGGCAAUUCCAACCGCUUCCAAGACCUCACUGCUUGCAAGGAGCACUGCAGUCCACGAAAAGAGGUUCCCCAAAUCUGCAGGUUUCCUAAAAAGGUGGGUCGCUGCCGCGCCCUCAUUCGAAGUUACUUUUUCAACAUGGCCACCAUGCAGUGUGAGCCCUUCCACUACGGCGGCUGCCAGGGCAAUUCCAACCGCUUCCAAGACCUCACUGCUUGCAAGGAGCACUGCAGUCCAUGAAAAACAGGGAGAAAACACACAAUCCAAAGCAAAGGUCGUCGGAUCACUUUCCGGCAGGCGUAAACGUCUGACGCUCAGGGAUUUU